AUGCUGCCUCGGGCGGAUCCGAGACCGGCGCACUGCGUGGAGACGCUCAUCUCGGCCCCGGACUUUGUACCCGACGGCCUCUUGGCUCGACGGACCGGCUGUCCGGCCUGGCGACCGCAACCGCCGCCGCCGCCGCCGCGUCGAAUCCCGGCCUCCAGCGCAGACUCGGAUGAUGAAGCCGUCCGGCCUCGGCCGAGCUUGGAGACCGGCGCUGCGGCCGACUCCGAAGAAGCCGAAUCGGACCGGGAGUCGGGCCUGCGUCGUGAGCGCUACCACUGCCAGUUCUGCGGGAAGAUGUUCCCUCGUUCGGCCAACCUGACGCGACACAUCCGCACACACACCGGCGAACAGCCAUACCGCUGCGCCUAUUGCCCGCGCUGCUUCAGCAUCAGCUCCAACCUGCAGCGCCAUAUACGCAACAUCCACCAGAAAGAACGACCCUUCCACUGCUCCGUCUGCAUGAAGCGCUUCGGCCAGCGCGCCAACCUCGAGCGUCAUGUGCGCAACCAUCUGGUCGCCUCGACCGGACUCCGGCCGACCGGAGCUCGGGCAGACCGACGCCUCCGGGCCGGAGAUCUGUCCACCCACAAAUGA